UCCGCCCAGUGAACAGCUCAGUUGCGCGCGCGUUCGGGGUUUUCGCGGUCUCUCGAUUUAUUUUCCUUUUGCGUUUCGUUUCGUUUUGUUCGUUUCGAUUGUUUUCCAAUUUUCCGUUGUUCGUCCGCUUCGCGCAGCACUUUUGUGUUCGUUACUUUUGUUUGUGCAAUUUUCUUAAGGGGGGAAAUUUCGCGCUGGAAUUUUCCAUACGUUGUGGAAGUAUCAAACCGGAAGUUCGGUCCAUCGGCUGACCAAUUUUAUUAGGCAAAAACCAGAAAAUCGUGGUGGGUUAUAUGUUUGACAUGAACCGCUAAUUCGUUUCAUCAGGUCAAGUUACUCGAGUUCGAGAAGGUUAAAAAUAACAAAGAUUUUUUUCACCUCUGUGCGUAACCAGCAAAUAUAUAAUUAAUGUGCUGCACUCCAAUGGAAAGUGUCUUUUUCGCACGAGUCAGUGCCCAGUGAUACAUUUUGAAACAAAAAUCUGAGUUGCUCCGUGGUGUUAUGUAAACUGAAAGUUCAACUCAACUGUCUGUAAAAGUGUGAUAAAGCAGCAAAAGUUAACGCUGACGCCGAAACGAGUGAGAAAUUAGUGCAAAUAUUAUUAAAAUUGAGGAAAAGAGAGCCAACGGCGCGCCGAGGCAGUUGGAAUAUUCUGCGGCGGCUAAAAAUAGCAUUAUUUAUAACUUUUGUUUGAGACUUGUUUAUUAUUGUAGAUUAGAGAGAGGUUCCUUCAUUAGAAUUGCAGAGCAGCAUCCGCCGUGUGGGUUACGUUCCGAGGCGCUAUCUUUUUCCAUUUCACCAGACAGGGUGGAUAAACCCAGAAAUGAACAUCAUCAGUAUUACUAUAGUAUAAGUCAAAAAGAAGCGACCUAAGAAAAAAAAGCAGCCAUUGGGGAAAUCCAAUAAAUCCUGGUAGAACUGCUACAAGAAUAAGGGCGGAGAUCAGAGCCAAGUUGAGACUACUUUUUACUAUUAGUGCUUAUACACACUCACACUCACCAGAUACCAAGAAACGUACUUCCAAAGCGAUUAUAUAACGCUCGUCACUUUUUACAAGUGCCGAAAGAAUAGCAGAAGAGGAACUUUUAAUAGCUCAUAGUACUGUACUAUAACGGCGAGAUCCCGAGGCAGAUAGCAACAAGGCAAAACUUACGAUUACGACGGCGUUGGCUACGAUAGACAUCGCCAUCAUUGGCAGCAGCAGCAGGAGCAGCAGCAGCAGCGAGCCGGAGACGAAAGCCAAAACUGUCAUGAUGACGAAUGGAAUUUCGGCAGACAACCAGCAGAACGGCGGAAGCCAGGAGGACUCCAAGACCAAUCUGAUUGUCAAUUAUCUGCCCCAGCAGAUGACCCAGGAGGAGAUUCGCUCGCUUUUCUCCAGCAUCGGCGAGGUGGAGAGCUGCAAACUGAUUAGGGACAAAGUUACGGGUCAAAGUUUAGGCUACGGAUUCGUCAACUAUCAGAGACUGGAGGAUGCGAGCAAAGCGAUCAACACACUUAACGGCCUAAGAUUGCAAAACAAGCAAAUCAAGGUGUCUUUUGCACGACCAAGUUCCGAAGCAAUAAAAGGGGCAAACCUGUACGUGUCCGGCUUGCCGAAAAAUAUGCUCCAAGCCGAUCUGGAAUCGCUAUUCAGCCCGUACGGGCGCAUCAUCACCUCCCGCAUCUUGUGUGACAAUAUAACAGCCCGUCAGUAUUCUUCACCUUCUGGAGAGACUUCACCUGGUCUUUCGAAGGGCGUUGGCUUCAUCCGGUUCGAUCAGCGCGUGGAAGCCGAGAAGGCAAUCAAAGAGUUGAACGGCACGAUACCGAAGGGAUCCACCGAACCGAUCACCGUCAAGUUUGCCAACAAUCCGAGCAACAUGAAAACCGUUCCACCAUUGGCAGCCUAUCUCGGGCCACAAGCAGCGCGGCGUUUCCCCGGUCCGAUGCACCAUCCGACGGGACGCUUUAGUGCCAUUCCGAGUUAUCGAUAUUCUCCGCUGGCAGGAGAUUUACUAGCAAACACGAUGCUACCUACCAAUGCUAUUGCAAAUGGAUCAGGCUGGUGCAUCUUUGUGUACAACCUGGCACCGGAAACCGAGGAGAACGUACUGUGGCAGCUGUUUGGUCCGUUUGGAGCGGUGCAAUCCGUGAAGGUCAUCAAGGAUCUCCAGACGAACAAAUGCAAAGGGUUCGGCUUCGUCACGAUGACCAACUACGACGAGGCAGUCGUAGCGAUCCAGUCGCUGAAUGGGUACACGCUCGGUAAUCGGGUGCUGCAGGUUAGUUUCAAAACUAACAAAUCCAAGAACUCGUAAGGUGCUGCCCGUCGCGCUUCAGCUCUCUGCGGUGGAAACGUAUGAUUGCCUGUUACUAGUCUCGCCCGUAAGAAAGGUGAACACAUUUUGGUUAAAAUUCGAUUUUUAGUUCCGAUAAGACGAUUCUUGAAACGAUGAUGAUUUAGCAUUACGAUCACUUAGCUUAAGAACAACGUGGAACGCAAAAUGUCAGUAUUUCGACCUCGGCGCCUAAACGGGAAAGUUUGUUCUUCCAGGAAAUAUUCAAACAGAGAGAUGAAAUGACAAGAAGAAUCCUCCAAAAUAUAUACACUUUACUAUAGAAGUUAAACAGUUGUGGGUUCCAGGAUUGUGUUAAAUCUACAACUUUAAACAAGGUCAACAAAAUUGCGAUAUGUCUUGAUCGUCGAUCAGGUGUAAUACAAUUCCAAAUAUUUUUUUUCUUCGUUAAAGGUCGGGGUCGUUUCGGCCCCAUCAACUAAAGAGGCUCCAUUUUACAACCGUGUAUUAGGGAAAAAGAGUUUUGAUAGAAGAAUCUUUUUAACUAGAUAAAUUAAGUCACACGUGACCGGAAUGCAUGGUAAUGUAGGAAAAACUUUAUACAAGUUGCGGUAGGGGAGCACGAAAGUGAGAUUACUUCUGAUACGAUAGUGCUGCUCUUUUAUAUCAUUGAUUUCGUUUAAUAUUUGCCUGGCCUUUGUUUUUUCGGAUUCAUUUGAGUUUAAGUUCGAUGGUUAAUUAUCUUCUUAAAUGAUUUGUAUCUCUAUUGUUUUCAAUUUCACUUUGGAGGAUUUCUUUUUAGUGCAAACACUAAUAUCGGCGCAAUAGUAAUAACAAUUUGUUUUAAUUUGUUUUAUCAUAAGUUUGUACUAUGAGUUGUUUGGUUUUAUAUUGUUCUUGAUUUUAAAAAAAUAAAAUAAUUGUCAACCAAUUUGAGUGGUUAGCAUACACCCAACCCUGAGUCUAUCUAAGUCAAAGUCCCGCUGCCUGGUACUCUAGGUAGCCAUUGCUACGGAAAAUUAAUUUCUAGUCCAUUUAACUUCAGCUUUAUUAGUAUGUGUUUUAUUGCUUAGUAAAACUUAUUUGUGUAUUGAUGUAUUUUUGUUGUUUACCUUAUCAUACGUACCGUAUGUGUCUAUGAUUUAAGUAUGUUUAUUUGUCAAUCAAUUCAACAUAAUUAUUUAUAUUUAGAAUGUUGUAUUAUAAUCACCUUUAUAAUAUCAUAUUUAUUUUAAAAUUAUUGUUAUGAAAAUAAGUUGUCAAUGGUAUUGAUUUCAGUGCACUACCCAAUCAAUCGAAUAAUCAACGAAGAAUGAUUAAAACGAGUUAUUUAUAGUUCAA